AAUGCUUCUCUGCUGUGCUGGAAAAUCAUUUCUUAUAUGGGAUAAAAAAAACAACUUUAAAGUGUUUCUUAAAAUUAGCGUUGCUUUUAUUGUAAAGUCCUCUGAUCUCAAAACACAAAGACCUGUUUAUUUCUGGAGAUGUUUUUAUCCUGAUAGAGAACAUGUUCAACCCAGAAAGCUCCAUAUUUCGUUACUUUUGAGUCACUGCUCAGUAAACACAGCAGAUUUAUGUUCUGGUUCGGUUCCAGUCUGGCUGAUGAAAUCUGGGCUGCUCCUUUUCUUUCCCAACUUGUUUUCUGGUCGUUCUGGUUCUCUGUUGUUUGCGUUAAUGAUCCUCCUCACCUGCAGGCUUUGGGCGGAACCGGACUCCUCCUAUCGCCGAACGCAGCUCCCUCCACCCGCUGGCUCGGUGAUACUUCCUGAUGUACCUGAGCAGGUGAGGAGGAGGAGCAGAGCUUUUCUUCAUCUUCACUGCGACGAUUUGCGGCAUGAAAACCCAGCAGAGGAUCAGCGUUCGGCUCCAACAUCAGGGUGUGGUUCAGCAGAGGCUCAUCUAAAAGUUUCAGGACACCGGGCCUCCAGGACUGGAGUUUGACACUCCUGCUUUUAUAAUGACGGACUCUAUGAAAACUCAGCUGGUGAGCGCCAUCCAUCUGCAGCAGGUGGAACUGCAAGAAAAACCUACAGGCAACUCGCAGGGCAACAACAGCAACAAUGCUGCAGCAGAUGAGAAGUUCACUGUGGAGCAAGCUGUGGAAACCAUCGGCUUUGGACGCUUCCAUGUCCUGCUGUUUGUCAUCAUGGGCAGUGCCAAUAUUGUGGAAGCCAUGGAGAUCAUGCUGCUAGCUGUGGUUUCUCCAGAGAUUCGAUGCGAGUGGCGCUUGGAGGACUGGCAGGUCGCCCUCGUCUCCACGAUGGUGUUCGUCGGCUUCAUGGUUUGUGGAGUUUUGGCCGGUUACAUCGCUGACAGAUACGGACGCUGGAAGGUUGUGUUUGGAGGUUAUGUGUGGAGCGCCUAUUUCUCUCUGCUCACGUCGUUUGCUCCAACGUACGGCUGGUUUAUCUUCCUGCGCAGCAUGGUGGGCUGCGGCGUUGCAGGAGUGUCACAGGGGUUUGUGUUGAAGACAGAGUUCAUCCCUGCCAAGUAUCGAGCCUACCUGCUGCCUCUGGGCACCAUCUUCUGGAUGACCGGCUCCAUGCUCAUCAUCCUCCUUGGCAUGCUGGUGGUUCCCACUAUGGGCUGGAGAUGGAUGAUCCGGCUCUCCAUCACACCAAGCAUCAUCCUCAUCUUCCUCUUCAAGUUUAUUCCUGAGUCGGCCCGUUACAACGUGUCAGCAGGGAAAGUCGAUGCUGCCGUCAAAACCCUGCAGAGGAUCGCCAGAAUGAACCGAGCUUCUCUUCCUCCUGGACGGCUGGUGGAGCCUGCUCUGAGGGAACGUGGCAGCUGGAGGAUUCUGUUCAGUCCCACCUUCAGGAGGACGUCCCUCCUGCUCUGGUACUCAUGGUUUGUGGCGUCCUUCGCGUACUACGGCUCGGUGCUGAGCAGUUCAGAGCUGCUGGAGAAAAACUUGCUGUGUGUGAUAAAUGCCGACGCAGAGCAUCAGGUCAAACACCGCCAUGAGAGCGGACUCUGCUACUGCAUCCCCUUUGGGAGCAGCGACUAC